UUACGAGUUUGCCGGGUAUAGUAUGCAGGGAGUAAGUAAAGCAUCCAGAAACUACAGACUCUAAGCCACUUGGCCGAGCUGUAGUGAUCAGAUGAAUAAACUAUAUAAUCUAUGAUGCAAAACCCAUCAAAUGGAUAAUAUCUUAUACAAGAUGUUAAUUUCCCAGAAGCUCAUCAGUUGACAUGAAAAUAUUUUUAUCCACAACGGCAAGGUUUUCUUGACUCGGUGCUUGACUCUAUAUUGGUCAUCAUCAUAUGAAGCUUCUGGCCAUCUCCCACCAUCAGGGCAUCCCAAAAGAAAGAAAAAAACUUCCAACGAAGUUUCAGAGUGUUAAAAAGAUGGAAUACCGUCAUGGUAGAGACGGGGUCCCCCUUCGCAUCAAGAAUGGGCCCCAUCGAGUAACCAAGCUUGCGCCAGGCAAUCGCAUAACUAUCGACCUCGACAACAAAUCCUCUGCACCCGAUACCACAGCCGGCAGACAUGACAACGUCCACCUGCCAUCCAUCUCCAUUCAGCGUCGCCACCCCAAUCCCGCAGCCUUCCAGCACGGACUCAUAUCUUCAUCCAUAGGGGCCAGAGACGCAAGAUUAGGGUUUGACAGUGCCUCGUGAGAAACGGAUUUAGCAGCAGGCAGGGCAGAUGCGGCAGCUGGGCCAAGGCGCGGAGGUCAGCCGCAGUGCUUCUAUGGCGGCGCG